AACAAACAUGGCAGUUGUUUAGUAAGUGUUACAAAUGUGUAGGAGCGUAUGUUGUAACUAUGAGUGCUGUAAUUGUAACGGAAAAGUGCAGAAUGUAUAUGAGCUGCACACAAAUUAUUGAACGUGCUAAUGUAAAUGUUACUAUAUAAGGUGCUCGAGGUGGUUUUACAGACGAUUGUGGCACAGUGGUGAAGAUGCGACGGCGUUUAUUCCCGGCUUUUUUCGGCAUUUGUUCACAAAAUAUGAAAGUAAAAGAAAUUAAGCGAUCUAUUGGAGUGUUACAGUCACAGACGUGGGUGCUGUAAAUGUAUAUUAUGCAUAGUGCUAAGAGGCAGGCUAAAUAUAUUGCGAAGUAUUUGCUGUGGAAACAUUUUAGUCUAAAGCUUUUGACACCUUGUAUGGCAUAAAUGAGUGCCAUUACGUCGGAAAAGACUAAAAAAACAUUGUGGAACUUCAUUUUCCAUCCAGUGACUAUGUGUUUUUAAUUGACGAGUUCUCAUCCCACGCACAGGUGUGAAAAGUAAAGUCAUUUGGUCAAAUUUCACAAAAUGAAUAAUGUUGAUGGAGUAAAAAAAGCCUAGAGUAUUUACAGUAUUUGUUAUUCAGUAAAUUGUUUAAUUUGGCUGAGAUUCCAAAAAACAAGCUGCCACAAUGGAUGAAUCAAAUGAUAUUUUGGUUUGUGCAUCUGAGUACAUUAAAGAUCGGUUAUAUUUUGUUACACUGCGUACUAAUGUGAAGCCGAGGUCAACUGCGAACACUCAUUAUUUCAGUAUAGAUGAGGAGCUUGUAUAUGAAAACUUUUAUGCUGAUUUUGGGCCUCUGAAUUUGGCUAUGCUGUAUAGAUACUGCCAGAAAGUCAACAAGAAACUGAAAUCAUUUUCUCUGGCAAAGAAGAAGAUUGUUCAUUACACAACAAUGGAUGUCCAAAAGCGUGUCAAUGCUGCCUUCUUAAUUGCAUCAUAUGCGAUAAUUUAUUUGAAGAAGAAGCCCGACGAGGCCUAUCGACCAUUGGUUGGUGGGAAUAAUCCUCCAUUCUUACCUUUCAGGGAUGCUUCAUUCGGGAUAGCAGUGUAUAAUAUCAGCCUUAUUGAGUGCUUGUGGGCAGUGUACAAAGCUUUUAGCAUGGGAUUUUUCAAUUUCGAAGAUUUUAAUGUGGAUGAAUAUGAGUAUUAUGAGCGUGUUGAAAAUGGUGAUUUGAACUGGAUUGUGCCUCAAAAAUUUAUCGCUUUCUGUGGUCCUCAUGCAAAAACAAAAAUAGAAAACGGGUAUCCUCUCCAUUCACCAGAGACAUAUUUUGCAUACUUUCGUCAAAACAAUGUGAGCACAGUUGUGAGAUUGAAUAAGAAAAUUUAUGAUGCCUCUAGAUUUACUGAUGCCGGGUUUGAACACAAAGACCUAUUUUUCAUUGAUGGAAGCACACCAAGUGAUCAAAUAUUAAGGCAGUUUCUACACAUCUCAGAGAAUGCUUCAGGUGCUGUUGCUGUUCAUUGCAAAGCUGGAUUAGGUCGAACAGGAUCCCUUAUAGGCUGUUACAUCAUGAAACACUACAGAUUCACUGCCCACGAAACAAUUGCUUGGAUUAGAAUGUGUCGCCCAGGCUCUAUUAUUGGACACCAACAACAGUGGCUAGUGGAGAAGCAGACACAAAUGUGGAUGCAAGGAGAUACAUACCGACAACAAAAAAUGGAAAACAGUUUUCCUAAACAUGCAUAUGGCAUAUACAGUAUGAAAGGUGUAGCUGCUCAUUUACAGUACACUCACAGUCCAGAAGUAAUUAAGAACAACAUAAAACCACCUGAUAAUGUUUCCCGUAUUUUACAAAAGGUUGAUACAAUGAAACUGGAUGAUAAAGAAGAUGAAAAUAAAAAUGAAAGGUGUUGCAGACGGAGAACAAAAGUAAUGGAGGAUGCAACAAAUCAAAAUAAUGAGGAACCAGCAUCUGAUAUCCCUCUAACACAAGGUGAUAAACUAAAUCAGAUAAAGGCAUUUCGGAGGCAUCCCAGAUCUGUAACUACUGGCGCUGUACACUUAGAAGAUGGAAGGCCACACACGAGAGCGAAAUCUCAGCCUUUGAGAAGUGGGCAGCCAGCCCAGUCUCAGGCAAUACUUUCGCCCUUAAAAGCAACUAAAGUCAGCACAGCUAUAGUGGUCUCUCACAACAAAGACAAAGAUGUUGUACCAUCAAAAAGGCCGUCAAGGACUCCUUCAUCAGUUACAAAAAGAAAUACCUGGCUUCUUAAUUCAAUGUACGGAUCCAAUCGAUCAUUGAAUAUAAGCAAGGUAAAUCUUGCUUCCCACCCCAUAAGACCAGUUACCCGUGCUGCUGCAAAGUCUACACCUGCAACAACCUCUAACCCUUCCUCCCCAGCAUCGAGCCUCGAUAUGACCGUACGCAGCGCGGACCGAGUUAGCAGAUUUCAUACUGUUCGUCAUGCUCGCAUCUCUUCUCCUCGAGCUUGUAAAACAUCCUUCAUGAGAUGACUAACCAGCAUAUCCAGGAAGAAGAGCCAGAUACCUAAUCACGUUCCAAGUAAAAGUAAGCAGACUGUAAAGAUUAGAGAAGACAGCACUUGGCACGAACGUGCCAAACGCGCCUUGAGUUCCUCUGGAGAAAAACAGUCAUCACGUUCAACGAAAUCCAUUUGUCGUCCACCUGUUAAUACUGAGAAAUGUGGUUCCUUUGCACGUAUUGUGGUUCAGGUUCCUCAAAGUGAAAAUGUAGGUGAUACGUUAUUGGAUUGUAAUGUAGUAUGUGGUCUGAGUGUUUGCGAAGGACCAUUAAAAGCAGAAUGUGAAUCAGAUACUAAAAUUUUGAUGUAUUCUGUCAAAAAAUGAGCAGCUGCUUUUAAUUAAGCAAAAAACCUGAUCAUUUAGAUGUGCACUGGUCUGUACUUAUAGAGAUAAUUCGGUGUACACAUAAUUUUAAAAUAUUUUAGAUAUAAUGUAAUUUGUUUGUGCUCCAAACACCACACAUGUGGAAUUUUAUUGAAGUUUUAAGGAAUCACAGUAUUUUUUAUAUUUGACCUGUUUUAUGUUAUUGACCCUCCCCCCAAUUCUCUCUCUCUCUCUCUCUCUCUCUCUCUCUCUCUCUCUCUCUCUCUCUGUGUGUGUGUGUGUGUGUGUGUGUGUGUGUGUGUGUGUGUGAGAGAGAGAGAGAGAGAGAGAGAGAGAGAGAGAGAGAGAGAGAGAG